CACCCGGCCUCCGUAAAGGAAGUUUUGGGCGGGGCCCGCGGGCGCGAGGUUUUGCGUCUGCGCGAAGAUGGUGGAGCAGGAGAGAGUCCGCGUGGUUCGUUGUGGCGGCAGCGAGUUGAACUUUAGGAGAGCGGUGUUCUCUGCGGAUUCUAAGUAUAUCUUCUGUGUCUCUGGAGACUUUGUUAAAGUUUAUAGCACAGCUACAGAAGAAUGUGUACACAUAUUGCAAGGGCACAGAAAUCUGGUGACUGGCAUCCAACUCAACCCCAACAACCAUCUACAGUUAUAUUCUUGUUCCUUUGAUGGCACAAUUAAACUGUGGGACUAUGUGGAUGGCAUUUUGAUAAAGACUUUCAUAGUUGGACAUAAACUUCAUGCCCUCUUUACUGUUGCUCGUGCUGAAGAUUCUGUCUUUGUUACAAUAAAUAAAGAAAAACCAGAUAUAUUUCAGCUGGUUUCAGUGAAACUGCCAAAAUCAUCAAGCCAAGAAAUAGAGUCUAAGGAGCUUUCCUUUGUUUUGGAUUACAUAAACCAGUCACCCAAGUACAUCGCCUUUGGAAAUGAGGGAGAAUACGUUGCUGCAGUACGGGACUUUUACUUGUCUGUUUAUUUUUUCAAAAAGAAAACAACAUCAAGGUUUACUUUAUCAUCAUCAAGAAAUAAGAAGCAUGCUAAGAACAAUUUUACAUGUGUGGCAUGUCACCCAAAGGAAGAUUGCAUAGCAACUGGUCACAAGGAUGGCAAGAUCCGUCUUUGGAGGAAUUUUGAUGAUGAUAAGAAAUAUACAUACACAUGUUUACAUUGGCACCAUGAUAUGGUUAUGGAUUUGGCUUUUUCAGUGACAGGCACCAGCCUGCUGAGUGGUGGCCGUGAGUCUGUCCUUGUCGAGUGGCGCGAUGCAGCAGAGAAGAAUAAGGAGUUCCUCCCCCGUUUAGGAGCUACUAUUGAACAUAUCUCCGUCUCCCCAGCGGGGGAUUUGUUCUGUACUUCUCACUCUGAUAAUAAGAUAAUAGUCAUUCACCGAAACCUUGAGGCAUCCGCAGUAAUUCAAGGCCUAGUGAAAGACAGCAAUAUCUUUACUGGUUUGAUGAUUGAUCCAAGAACUAAAGCUUUGGUUUUGAAUGGAAAACCUGGCCACUUGCAGUUUUAUUCUCUCCAGAGUGAUAAGCAGUUAUACAACUUGGAUAUUGUACAGCAAGAAUAUAUCAAUGAUUACGGUCUGAUCCAAAUUGAGCUAACAAAGGCUGCAUUUGGCUGCUAUGGUAACUGGCUUGCAACGGUGGAACAACGUCAAGAAAAGGAAACAGAGCUGGAGUUGCAAAUGAAACUGUGGAUGUAUAAUAAGAAAACACAAGGGUUUGUUCUUAAUACAAAGGUUAACAUGCCACAUGAAGACCACAUCACAGCUCUCUGUUUCUGUAAUGCAGAAAAAUCUGAAAACCCCACCUUGGUUACAGCUAGUAAAGAUGGUCACUUCAAAGUGUGGAUAUUAACAGAUGAUUCUGACAUAUACAAAAAAGCUGUUGGCUGGACCUGUGACUUCGUCGGUAGUUAUCACAAAUACCAAGCAACUAACUGUUGUUUCUCUGAAGAUGGCUCUUUACUAGCAGUUAGUUUUGAGGAAAUAGUUACAAUAUGGGAUUCAGAGACAUGGGAACUUAAAUGUACAUUUUGUCAACGAGCUGGGAAAAUAAGGCACCUUUGCUUUGGGAGACUGACUUGUUCAAAGUAUCUUCUUGGUGCUACUGAAAAUGGUAUUCUUUGCUGUUGGAAUCUGCUCAGUUGUGCAUUGGAAUGGAGUGCAAAAUUAAACGUUAGAGUUAUGGAGCCUGAUCUUAAUUCAGAGAACAUUGCUGCAAUCUCUCACUCUUCCAUGGGUUCAGACUUGUUUGUAUUUAAACCUAGUGAGCCAAGGCCAUUGUAUAUUCAAAAGAAUAUCUCCAGGGAGGAAGUCCAGUGGGGAGUGUUUGUCCCACGAGAUGUUCCUGAAUCAUUCACCUCAGAAGCUUACCAGUGGCUGAACAGAUCCCAGUUUUACUUUCUAACAAAAUCGCAGAGUUUAUUGACAUUAAGUACAAAGUCUCCAGAAGAGAAACUCACACCCACGAGCAAACAGCUACUAGCAGAAGAAAGUCUUCCGACAACCCCAUUUUAUUUCAUAUUGGGAAAGCACAGGCAACAGCAGGAUGAGAAAUUAAAUGCAGCUUUAGAGAAUGAACUGGUACAACUACCCCUAACAGAAAACAUACCCGCAAUUAGUGAGCUGCUUCACACUCCAGCCCAUGUACUACCCUCUGCUUCCUUCCUGUGCUCCAUGUUUGUAAAUUCCUUGCUGCUGUCAAAGGAGUCUAAGAGUGCUGAAGAAAUUCCUGAUGAUGUGGACAUGGAAGAAGAAAAAGAAAGAGAUGAUUCAGAUGAAGAAAAUGACUUUACUGAAAAGGUCCAGGAUACAGAUAACACAGAUUUGGGUGAAGACAUUAUACAUCAGUUGUCAAAAUCUGAAGAAAAAGAACUGAGAAAAUUCAGGAAAGUGGACUACAGCUGGAUAACUGCUCUUUAAGCCUUAGAGAUGGGGGUGGGUUCUUGUACUUUUUUUUGUAUGUUGAUACUCAAAAAACAUCUUUUUUAAUGUUUUCUCUGUUCUUAAAAUAUUAAAUAUUAACAGACUUUACUUUUUAAAUAACUGGUAAUAUGAAGCUCUGUUUGCAUCCUGCGUUCCAGUUGCUGGGUACAUUCAGAUACACAUCGUCUCAUUUUUAUUUUGAGUCACAUCAGCCUUAGAAAAUAGCUAGAUAUUUUUUUCACAGGAGAUAUAGCAGAGCUGGGAGUUGAAAUUAUGUAGCAUAUGUCCCCUUAUCUGCAAUUUGGCGAUAUAAAAUAUUUUGAAAAUCAAAGGUUUUGUUGAUGAUAUUGUUGUUAAAUUUGAUGCCAAAAUUCAUUUGGUGGCCAAAUAUGACCUGAACCUGAUGUAAGGUUUUCUAUAGUCCUGAUUCAUCCCUCGUAAGUGUAUUUAUUUCUCUUGGAGAAAUUUAGAGGAAUAAUUUGAUUAUGUUGUGUUCCACAGACCCCACUGAGAGUUUUAUAUGAUAACGUGGGCUGCCUAAAUCCGAAAAAUUCUAAAUUCAAAUAUCUGGCCCCAAGCGUUUCAGAUGAGGGCUUGUCUGCCAUACUUGUAAAUAGAAUUUUCAUGACAGCCUUGGAAGAGAAGAAGAGCUGGUAUUACUCUGUGAAUGUUAUGACUGUAUAUUGAGACAAAGAAGUACUUUUUAACCAAAGUCCUAUUGCUAGUAGAAAAGAAUCUGUCUCCCCUGUGUUAUGUUAAAGUAGUGAAGUUGCUACAUUUUAACCACUUAGCAUUUGAAGUUUUCCUUAUAUACUUCUACAAAAUUUAUAUUAAAAAGUUAAUCCAAAACAGUAAGGUGUAGAAAUCAUAAGAGCACGUCUAAAUGAAUGUACGCAAAAUUGCUGUUGAGAGAAUUUUUAGGAUGUGAGAGUUGGUAUCCAUGUAAGGCCUAUGGUAUUUUUUAAAUAACUGCUAGAUUGAGAUAUAACUCACAAACUAUAUACUCCACCCAUUUAAGGUAUGCAGUUCAGUAGUUUUGUAGAAUAUUCACAGUUGUGCACCAUCACCACAAUCAAUUUUAGAACAUUUUCAUCACCUAAAAACUUUUACAUUAUUUACAUUAUGUGAGGCAUAAAUUGUUCUACUGUCUGAUCUAUUAAAUUUCGGUCCCUUUGCACAGUUAGUUUGUGAGGCCAGUGUUUGAGGUUUAUUCUGGUCCCAGGAGGAUUCUUUCCAGCUGUCUCUUUUCCUGAUUCUUUCUGGUAAACUCUCUGAUUUAUGGUUUAGCUUGUUGAUCUCAGGGAGCCACAAGCCUCUUAAUUAAAAUACUUAAGUGCCUAUCA